AUGCUGAGCGAUAAUCACCGCCAGGAGCUUCGACUUCGGGUUGGCAAUUUCCUUCUCUCCGAUACCUCCCCCCAACCACCUGAGGCUUCCCCGGUGGUUCUACGCCCAGAUUCACGAGACCCGUGCGAUGAAAUCCAAAUGUCAGCCGACGCGCAGCUACAGGAAGAAGUGGGCGAGGCCCGAUCAUCGGGGCGGUCGGCCAGGGGCCGUGUCAAAAAUGCGCGCACGCUGUGGACACAUGUGAUGGAGAGAGCGCUGUUGAACGGCCUUGUCGAAGCUCGAAAACAGUCUCUCGAUACUUUAAAUUGGAAUUUCAGAGCUGCAGGGUGGAGUAUUGCUGUAUCUUUGGUCCAGCAGAGCACUGAUCAACCCAUGACGAGGGAAAUAUGUGACAAUCGCUGGCGCAAAAUAAGAACCAUUUGGAGGCUUUGGGAGAGACACAAGAAACAAGUUGCUGACUGGACAUGGAACUCACAUAUUGAAACUUAUGUUAAUAACGUUGAGGUGACCAGAGACUACUUUGACCGUCACCCCGACCUACAAAUAUUUCGCGCGCAUGGCCCUGCUCAUAUGGACUUACUUGAGAAGCUCAUGUACGGCAAUCCCACAAGUGAGGACCAUGAUGAGAGCAGGGUAGAGAUAUCAAAUGGAGACAAGGAGAGGCUGGAGCCCGUUGAACCCGAAAACUCAACGCCAUCGCCUGCUUUACCUGCCAUAACAAAGCCAUUAUACCAACCCGACCCCAUAGCACCUACUGGAAUACCCGCACCUCCGAUGGUCAUCAGCCAGGUGGCAAAUCAAAUACCACCUCCCAUACCUACGCCUACUGAUGAUAGAUUCCAAGCGGAGUCACGAUUAGUCAAUGCUCUCAUAACAUACGGGAAUAUCCUUGUUGAGACAUCAAGGGGGAUAAGUACUUCAAUGGUGUCACCCUUUCAGACCGCAUGCACCGAGUUUGUAAAGGAAGCAGAUCAGCUGCUUCCCCUCUCUUGGAGGAACGAAACAGGUCGGGUCCCAUACUCUCGUUAUAGUGUUAUUUUGAAAGCCUUGCGGGAUCCGCUGGUGAGCCAGACAUAUAUUUCAUUACGACAUUGCCCUAUAGAGGAUCGGCGCGAAUGGAUUAUGGAUGUGUUAAGAGAUCGAGAUGCAAACUGA